AUGUCCAUCCUCAAAACCCUCCUCCUCACGGCCUUCGCCCUGGCCCAGACCAUCAACGCCGCCGGCGCCGCCGACCCGCCCGUCGAAACCCCCGCCUGCACCGGCAUCCCCUGCGGCACGCUCUGCUGCACCCCCGGCGCCGAGCUCUGCGGCGCAGACAUGAAAUGCGCACCCGCUCCCGCCACCACGUCCGGCGGCUCUCCCGGCGCGACGAGCAUCGAGGGCACACUGACGAUCCAGACAUCGACGCCCGUGAGCAGUGCCGCCACCGAGCCCGUGAGCACCGCCACGGAGACCACCACCGGUGAGAGCACCCCCAGCGCGAGCAUCACGGUGACGGUCCCGCAAACUCACACCCUCGUGUCUACAGUGCAUAUGAACAGCACCACGGUCACCGAGACGGUCACCAAGAUGAGCACGACGUCCGGCGCGGCGUCGGGUGCUACGUCUUCCGGAUCGGGAUCAGGAUCUGGAUCUAACUCCGCUUCUGCUUCGUCGACUUCAGCACCCAAUGCGGGCGACUCUGUGCGCUUUGGUGGCGGGAUGGGCAGUCUUGCUGCGGCGGCGGUGCUGCUUGCGAUGGGCGCGGUGUUGGCUAGGUUCGAGUACGAAAUCUGA